ACACACACUUACUACUAUUACAACAAGAGUUGUUACUUAUGCAUGUGAACCGUAGUUGCACAGAAAUUGUGGAAGCAUCAAGAGAGAGAAUAUAUACAUAUAUAUUAACCAAUCAUGCAUCCAUGUGAUGCAAAAUUAUAAUAAUACCAAGGGUUUUUAGAAUAGCAGAAGAACAAAUGUACCCAGUAUAAUCACAACUACAUAUUAUUAUUAUUAUUGUUGUUAUGGGUAGAGAUCAUCGGAGGAAGCGGAGCAGAGAGGUGGACGAUGGCGGAGGAGAGCGGAAGAAGGAGAGAGAAACAAAGGGAAAGGAGGUUGAGAUCGAACCGGUGGUUGUCGCUCCGCCGACGGAGGAUGAGGUGGAUGAGUUCUUUGCUAUUUUGCGACGGAUGCGAGAGGCGGUGAAGUAUUUUGAGAAAGGUAGAGGUGGAGGGAGGGUGUUGGAUCCGUCGGGGAAAGUUGUUGAGGGUGAAGUUUGUGUGAAGAAGAGGAAGGAGGUGGUUGUUUUGGAUCUGAAUACGGUUCCCGAUGAGGGGGAGUAGGUGGUGAUACGGUGGCGCGUGGUGUUUGUGUUUGUGAAGUGCAUCUAGCGCGUGAGGUUAUUGUUCGGCUGUUGGUGUCUAAUCUAUCUAACUAUGUUUUGUUCAAAGUGUUUGUUUGUGAAUGGAAGAUGUAUUUAGAAUAUCAUAAUCAUAUUUACAAUAUGAAUAUCAUUUCUAAUAAUUAUAUUUGUUAGUUUAGGUUUGCAAAUCAUUAAAAUGUUUUAACUUAUUUUGGUGAUUUAACUUUGUUGUAAUUAUGAUCGUGCUCGCUUUUUAUGUUUUGUACAUGAAUCUUGUGUA